AUGGGGUGGGAGGGUGUCGGCGACACUGUGGCCGAGGACGAAGUGAUCUGCGAAGUAGAAACUGACAAGACAUCAGUGCCAAUUCACGCUCCGGCCGGUGGAGUCAUCCUCGAGAUCCUAGCCUCUGAUGGAACCACAGUGCAGCCUGGCAUGGACAUCUUCCGACUGCAGGUUGGAGGAGCCGGGGGUGCCCCUGCUGCUGCGCGCCCAGCAGCUGCACCGGCAGCUCCGGCGCCAACACUGGUGACCAGCACGCCACCGCCAGCCGCGUCAUCGGGACCAAUACCAGCAACGCCACCUCCCACGCCAGCAGUGCCCACAGGACCAAUGGCCUCGAUUCCAGUGUCCAGCAUCCAGCUGCCGGGCCCCGCUGCACAAUCCGCUGGUGCCGCAGCCGCGGCAGCGCCAGUUGGCGCCAGAACCGAACAAAGGGUGAAGAUGAAUCGUAUGCGGCAAAGGAUCGCACAACGUCUAAAGGAUGCCCAAAAUGUAUAUGCCAUGCUGACAACGUUCAACGAGGUUGACAUGACGAAUGUCAUCCAGAUGAGGAACAAGUACAAGGACACCUUUGCCAAGAAGCACGGCGUCAAGCUGGGCUUCAUGUCUCCAUUCGUCAAGGCUGCCGCUUUUGCACUACAAGAUCAGCCAAUCGUUAAUGCGGUCAUCGACGAGCAAGAAAUUGUGUACCGUGACUACAUCGACAUCAGCGUGGCAGUUUCAACACCAAAGGGCCUGGUCGUGCCUGUGAUUCGCAGCUGUGAGCGAAUGAACUACGCUGACAUCGAGAAGGCCAUCUUCCAGCUGGGUGAAAAGGCCCGCACGGGCAGCCUGGCCAUCGAGGACAUGGACGGUGGCACCUUCACCAUCAGCAACGGCGGCGUCUUUGGCUCCAUGUUUGGCACACCCAUCAUCAACCCACCCCAAUCGGCCAUCCUCGGCAUGCACGCCAUUUUCGAAAGGCCCGUGGCCAUCAAUGGAAAGGUUGAGAUCCGGCCCAUGAUGUACAUUUGCUUGACGUACGACCACCGGCUGAUCGACGGCAGGGAAGCUGUAACGUUCCUCAAGAAGGUCAAGUCCGCGGUCGAAGACCCCACUGUGCUUAUGCUUGACGUCUAGCACUGGAUCUCGGAGCCCGGUGAUGCACCACGUAUAGAAACGUCUGGAUAAAGUUAAAUGUGACAGGCCUGGCACACUAUGGGGGAAUGUACCCGAGAAGCGCACUUCAAAGUCUGAAGAUUUUUUAUUUAGGUCUUUACAAACGUUUUGCGGAAAGAUGUUGUGGAGCUAGACGUAGUAAUUUGGAACGGGCACGGCCAACAGCUUCACAGCAGCCCUAGCGUUGCCUUUCGUUCAUGUACAGGCCUGCCGCUUCUCUUAAUGUUUUUUUUUUUUUUUUUUAUCUCAUUCAUCUAGAAAGCAAAGCACCCUCAAUAACACAGAAAGCUACUACUUGCAAGGAGACGGUGUCUUUGUACAAUUGUUUACUGACUGCUUUACUAGAAUGUUUCGAAAGCAGCGUUGAGAAAGGCUGGAGAAAAUGUUUUUGUUUUUACCUUUUAUCGAGAUCACGCUUGCCGGUUUCAAGAUAAAAGGGCAUGAUUCAUUAAACCAUGUUACAAAGAUCU